AUGUCAUUCAACUAUCAGUACGGUGGCAAUGGGCAACAGGGUCAACAAUUCCCAGGACAGCAACCACAACAGAGCUUUGGUGGUUAUCAACAACAACCUACUGGAUUAGGUUAUCAACAAACUGGAUUCCCUCAACAGCAACAACAACAACAAUCAUUUGGUUCUUUCCAACAGAAUCAACCAUCGUUUGGUGGUGUUCCAUCAUCAACUACUGAUCAACAACAAUUUGGUCAAACUGCUCCAACUUCAAAUGGUGCUCCAGCUUAUGCAACUAAUAUUGACCAGUUGUCUUUCUUGACUCCACAAGAUCAACAAAAAUUUAAAGAAUUAUUUAAUAGUUCUACAAAUAAUGUUUCAAUAUCACCAGAAAAUGCUAGAGGUAUCUUGAUGAAAUCUAAUUUAGGACCAUCUCAAUUAGCAAGAAUUUGGGAUUUAUCUGAUUUAAAUAAAUCUGGUGAUUUACUAUUCCCUGAAUUUGCAUUAGCUUUACAUCUUUGUAAUUUUGCUUUGAAAGGUAAUGAAUUACCAUAUGUCUUGGAUUCAAGAACUAAAGAAGAAGUCACUGGGUUAGUAGAUAAGAUUAAUUUUAGUAUACCUGAAGACGUUAAUGCAAUUGGUCAAGAUGCUCCUGUUUUACAACCAAAUAUUACAACUUCAAAUAUCUUCACUCAACCUCAGCAACAACCUCAGCAAACUCAACCAUUUCAACAAACACAAGGCACUUAUCCUCAAACUUCAACUUUGACUUCACAACCAACUGGAUUUGGUUUUGGAAAUAGUUUACCUUCACAACCAACUGGAUUUCAAUCACAAUCUCAACCUCAACCUCAACAAUCAGGAUUACAAUCACAAGUUACCGGGUUCCAACCUCAAUCUCAAAGUUUCCAACAUUUGAAUACAAAUUCUACAGGUUUUCAACAAUCAAAUCAACAAACAUCAUCAAGUUUCCAACCUUUACAGCCAACACAGACAUCUAACAAUCCAAUUUCAACUCCAUCUUUGAAUCAACAACCAACUGGGUUCCAAAAUCAAUCCACAUCUGGUUUAACUCAACAACCAACUGGUUUUCAAAAUCAAUCUACAACUGGGUUAACUCAACAGCCAACAGGCUUCCAAAAUCAAUCUACUACUGGCUUAACUCAACAACCAACUGGUCUUAUACCAUUGAAAACCCAAGGAACUGGUGCUGCUCCAUCAUUACAACAACAACCUACCGGUCUUGUACCAUUAAACACUCAACAAACUGGAACUGCUGGUAACACUUUAGCGCAUCAACAAACUGGUGGUCAGCCUUUGCAACAACAACCUACAGGGCUUGUUCCAUUGCAAGGUCAAAAUACAGGUGGUCAACCAUUAAAACAACAACCAACAGGUUUAAUCCCAAUUAAAAAUCAAAAUACCGGAGGUGCUCCAUUAACUCAACAACCCACUGGUCUUGUUCCACUACGAAAUCAACAAACUGGUUCUGCUCCUAUUUCAGCUCCAAUUCAACAAACACCAACUGGUGGAGCUCCAUUAACUCAACAACCUACUGGGUUAGUACCAUUAACAACAACUGCAACAGGUUCAGUUGCUUUACAAACACAAUUAACAGGUCCAGCUCCAUUACAAUCUCAAAGAACUGGAUUUGGUAAUUUUGAGCCUUUAAGACAACAAAAAACUGGUGUUGGUCAAAAUAGUUUAUUUUUACAAAAUUUAUUACAACAAUCACAACAACAACAGCAACAACAGCAACAACAAAUGUUUUCAAGUAAUUCAUUAAAUUAUACAACUGAAACAAUAUCUCCACAAGAAAAACAAUUAUUUAAUAGAAUUUUCCAAAAUUAUGAUACAAAUAAAAAAGGUUUAUUAACUGCAGAUGUUUCAGCUGAAAUUUUUAGAAAAUCAGGUUUAAAUCGUUCUGAAUUAGAACAAGUUUGGGACUUGGUCACAAGACCAAAUCAAUCACAUCUUGAUAAAGAAUCAUUCCAAACAGGUAUGUGGUUAAUUUAUAAAAGAUUAAAUGGAUUUGAAUUACCGGAUUUCUUACCAGAAUCUUUAAAACCACAAAGUAUUAGAAUUUUAGAUGAUGUUAAAAAUCAAUUGAAAAUUAAUCCAAAUUCAAAAAAUUCUAAAAAAUCAAGUCAUUCUAAAAUUGAUGGUACAAGAUUUAAAAAUAAUGAUGAUGAAUUUGCUCUAUCUUCAUCAAGAAAUAGAAGAAGAACAACAAAAGCUAAUAAUGGUGAAUCUGGUUCAGUUCAAAAUAAACCAAAAGAAAAUUUAUCAAUUGAUGAAAUCAAGAAACGUAUUAGAGAAAAGAAAAUUUUGUUAGAUGCUUUUGAUGCUACAGGAUCUGAUUUGAAAGAAAAAGAAGUUGACUAUGAAAAAGAAGAUCAAGAAGCUAUAUUACGUCUAAAGCAAGAAAUUUUAUCAUUACCAAAUACAAAUUCUGUUGGAGAUGAUAAAACAUCACAAUUAAAACAAAAAUUUAAUGGAUUAACUUCACAAGUUCCAGUCUUAAUUAAUCAAAUCUCUUCAAUUGAUAAUGAAAUUACAAGAUUAAAAUUAGACUUAUAUAAAGUUAAAAAUCCUUCUUUUGUCAUUGGAAGUGGUCCAAAUGGUGAAGUUACUGAAGCUGAUAGACGUAAAGCUAAAAGUAAAGCUUUAUUAGCUGCUAAAAUGGCUAAAUUAACUGGUAAACCAAUUGAUCCAGAAGUUGAAAAUUUAAGUAAUGAACAAGGUAAAUUAGAUGAAGAAGCUUUAAAAAUUCAACAAGAGAAUAAAAAAAAUCAACAAAUUAUUCGUGAUGUCGAAAGUUCAAUUAAAGAAAUUUCAAGUAAUGUCUUGAAUUCAUUCAGUUCUAAAAAUGAUCAAGAUGGUUAUAAAAAAUGGGAAUUAGGUAUUGGGGUUACACCUGAAGUUCAAGAAUUAAUUAAAUCAUUUAGAGUUAAUGAUUUAUCAAAUAAAUUCACAAGAUCUUUACAAUUAGAUUCUUCACCAAGCCCUGCGCCAACUUCACAAUAUUCAUCACCUUCAAUUCCACAAGCUUCAGUUCAAUCACCUGUUGUUGCAUCACCAUCCCCAACUCCAACUACAAAUACAGUCUCCCCAACUCCAACAAGUGGUUCAGCAAAUUAUAAGACACCUGAAGAAAGAAAAGCAUAUAUUAGAGAACAAGCUAAAAAGAAGAUGAAUGAAAGACUUGCUAAAUUUGGUAUCAAUAGAAGCUCUUCACAAAGUUCACCUUCUGUUUCUAAACCUGCUUCACCAGCUCUCCCUGCCUCACAGCCUAUCCCACAAUCUCAGCAAUAUCAACCAUCAUCAGAACCACAACUACAAGCUGAAAUUCAUCAACCAUCUCAACCACCUCAACCAGUUGCUGAACAUCAAUAUCAACAAUCAAUACAAUCACAAGGCCCACCACAAGAUGAAGAAUCCUCAGAUGAUGAUGAUGAAGUUGAAUUCCAAAGAAUGGAGGAAAUUAGAAGAUUGAAAAGACUUGAAAGAGAUCAAAGAUUGGCCCAAAUAGAUACAGAAGAUACUAAUCCUACUGAAACUUCAUCUACUAUUCCUGAACCAGUUCCUGAUCCGGUUCCUACAACAGAAGUACCUUCAGAAACCGAGCAACCUAGAAAAUAUCAUGAUUCCAAUCCUUUUGCAUUCAAAUAA